AUGUUAAUCAUAUUAAUUAGCUCCUUGGCCUAUAUUGCACCAAUUCUAUUAGCAGUAGCCUUCCUAACGUUAGUUGAACGAAAAAUAUUAGGAUAUCUACAAAAACGAAAAGGACCUUGCACAGUAGGAACCUUUGGGCUACUCCAGCCAAUCGCCGAUGGUGUUAAGCUAUUUGUUAAAGAACCAAUCCGACCAUCCAUAGCAUCCCCAAUUCUAUUUUUGGCUGCCCCAACACUCGCACUAACCCUAGCUUUAAUCCUAUGAACACCCAUCCCAAUACCCCACCCGCUAAUUAACCUCAACCUUGGAAUCUUAUUCAUUAUAGCCUUAUCAAGCCUCGCAGUCUAUUCAAUUUUAGGAGCAGGAUGAGCAUCAAACUCAAAAUACGCACUUAUUGGGGCCAUACGAGCCGUAGCCCAAACAAUUUCAUAUGAAGUUAGCCUUGGACUUAUCCUAAUCUCAGUAGCUAUCUUAUCAGGGGGGUAUAAUCUACUAACACUUAGCAAUACUCAAGAAAAAAUUUGACUAUUAUUUCCAAUUUGACCUUUAGCAGCAAUAUGGUAUAUUUCAACACUAGCAGAAACAAACCGAGCACCGUUUGACCUUACAGAGGGCGAAUCAGAGUUAGUAUCAGGCUUUAACGUGGAAUAUGCAGGAGGACCAUUUACCUUACUAUUCCUAGCUGAAUACUCCAAUAUUUUAUUAAUAAAUACACUCUCAGCCGUACUAUUCCUGGGAGCCUCACACAACCCAAACAUCCCAGAACUCACAACCGUCAAUUUAAUAACUAAAGCCUCUCUUCUGUCCUUAGUGUUUUUAUGAGUACGAACCACAUACCCACGAUUUCGAUAUGAUCAACUAAUGCAUUUAAUGUGAAAAAAUUUCCUCCCAUUAACACUUGCCUUAGUAUUAUGGCACGCCGCCCUGCCAAUUGCUACAGCAGGACUCCCACCCCAACUAUAG